AUGGUAAACACAACUGACAAUCUGACUGCUCUUCUCAGCCUGCUGACACAACUACAGGCAAGCAACGGCGGUAAAGUCACUGACUGGGUCAAGCCUGGCGACAAGUCUGGCGAGUUCAAGCGUCAAGUCAGCUCGUUCCGAGACUGGAUCUCCCGCGAUGCCAAUGCAAAGUACCCUGCUGAGAAGGGUCGCUACCACCUCUACGUGAGCUACGCAUGCCCAUGGGCGUGCCGUACUCUCAUCGCCCGCAAGCUCAAGGGCCUUGAGGAUAUUAUUUCAUACUCGGUUGUUCACUGGCACCUUGGCCAGGGCGGCUGGCGAUUCGUGUCCAAGGACGAGGACGUUCCUGGCGACAAUGUCGUGCCUGACCCGAUCAAGGGCCAUGAGAACUUUACACACCUGAAGGAUGUGUACUUUGAGAGUGAGAAGAACUACGAUGGUCGAUACACUGUGCCAGUCCUCUACGAUAUGAAGACCAACCGAAUUGUGAGCAACGAGAGCAGUGAGAUUCUCCGCAUGUUGGGCACUGAGUUUGACGACCUUUUGGAUGAGGAGCACAAGUCAAUUCAGUUUUACCCCGAAGACCUGCAGAAGCAGAUUGAGGAGGCGCAUGAGUGGCAAUACAACGACAUCAACAACGGCGUGUACAAAUCAGGCUUUGCGACCACAAGCGAGGCUUACGAGCGCAACGUUGUAACUCUUUUCGAGUCUCUAGAUCGCGCCGAGAAGCAUUUGGCUGAGCAAAAGGAGGGCCCUUACUGGUUCGGAAAGCGAUUGACCGAAGUUGAUAUCAGACUUUUCGUCACAAUCAUCCGUUUCGAUCCCGUCUAUGUGCAGCACUUCAAGUGCAACAUCCGUGACAUUCGAUCUGGUUACCCUGCGCUGAACCGCUGGAUGCGCAACUUGUACUGGAACCACCCUGCUUUCAAGGACACCACGCAGUUUGAGCAUAUCAAGUGGCACUACACAAGGAGCCAUACGCAGAUCAACCCUCACUCCAUCACACCUGUUGGUCCGUUGCCGCAUAUCCUGCCUCUUGAAGAGGAGGUUCCUGCUGCACAGAAGAACUAA